AGGGCAACGGUCAUCCCAUUGGCUGCUUCGCCUUCUGCUAAGCCGCUUUCGGUUCAGGGUGGAGAGUCAACCCCCCGGCUCUCGGGUCCUGCUGCACCGCUCCGCCUGAGCACUAACGAGCUGGGGGCUUCCCUGAGGCAACCGCAGGCGUUGGUCUUACGCAGCCGCCGCCCACGUCUUUAUCAGGACGCAGCCUCCCCAUCCAUUCCAUGCCGAGCUCGCUCCCUCUUCCUCUCUCUCACUCCUCCAUCAUCCAUCUCCCAUCACCGUCGCAACAGUCACCCAGCCCAUUGGCGAAGACAUCGUAGCUGGGUCUUCUUCCUUUUCCCCCAUCUUUUCAAGUCGCAGGUUCAUCGACUUUGUCACCCCCACAAUUGCCCGCAAUCAUGAAGGGCUACGCCAUUCUCUCGCUCGCGGCCGCUGCUGCCGCGGCGCCAAGUGCUUCGAUUGAAACCAUCCAUGGCGAGGCUGCGCCCAUUCUUUCCUCUGCCAACGCCGAGGUCAUCCCAAAUGCCUACAUUGUCAAGUUCAAGAAGCACGUAACUGAGGAGAAGGUGUCGGAUCACCACACUUGGAUCCAGGAGCUCCACACCACUCGUGAGAACGAGCGGAUAGACCUCAAGAAGCGUGGUCAGUUCCCUCUGGUUGACGAUGUCUUCCACGGCCUGAAGCACACCUACAAGGUCGGCUCCGAGUUCCUUGGUUAUGCUGGCCACUUCGAUGAGGAGACCAUCGAGAAGGUCCGGAGGCACCCUGAUGUCGAGUACAUCGAGCGUGACAGCAUUGUCCACACCAUGCGUGUGAUUGAGGAUGCCAAGUGCGACAGCGAGAUUGAGAAGGCCGCCCCUUGGGGUCUGGCUCGUAUCUCUCACCGUGAUACUCUGGGCUUCUCCACCUUCAACAAGUACUUGUACGCCGCUAAGGGUGGUGAGGGUGUUGAUGCCUACGUUAUUGACACUGGCACCAACGUCGACCACGUCGAUUUCGAUGGCCGUGCCAAGUGGGGCAAGACCAUCCCCUCCGGCGAUGCCGAUGUCGAUGGCAAUGGCCACGGCACUCACUGCUCCGGCACCAUCGCCGGCAAGAAAUAUGGUGUUGCCAAGAAGGCCAACGUCUAUGCCGUCAAGGUCCUUCGCUCUAACGGCUCCGGCACCAUGUCUGAUGUCGUCGCCGGUGUGGAGUGGGCUGCCAAGUCUCACAUCCAGGCCGUCAAGGAGGCCAAGGAUGGCAAGCGCAAGGGCUUCAAGGGCUCCGUCGCCAACAUGUCUCUCGGUGGUGGCAAGACCAAGACUCUCGAUGACACUGUAAACGCCGCCGUCUCUGUUGGCAUUCACUUCGCCGUCGCCGCCGGCAACGACAACGCUGAUGCCUGCAACUACUCGCCAGCUGCUGCUGCCAAGGCCGUCACGGUCGGUGCCUCUGGCAUUGAUGACAGCCGUGCCUACUUCUCCAACUACGGCAAGUGCACUGAUAUCUUCGCCCCCGGUCUCAGCAUUCUUUCCACCUGGAUCGGCAGCAAGUACGCCACCAACACCAUCUCCGGCACUUCCAUGGCCUCUCCCCAUAUCGCUGGUCUCUUGGCCUACUACCUUUCUCUCCAGCCGGCCACCGACUCUGAGUACUCUCUUGCUCCCAUCACCCCCGAGAAGCUCAAGGACAACCUUCUCAAGAUCGCCACUGAGGAUGCCCUCACCGACAUGCCCAAGGGCACCCCCAACCUCCUCGCCUGGAACGGUGCUGGUUGCAACAACUACACUGCCAUCGUCGAGGCUGGCGGCUACAAGGUCAAGAAGACCAAGGGCACCAAGGCUGACUUUGAUGUCUCCAAGCUUGAGGAGCUUAUCGAGAACGAGUACGAUGUCAUCUCGGGCCAGGUCGUGAAGGGUGUCUCUUCCCUCUCCGAGAAGGCCCGCAAGUUCUCCAAGAAGAUCCACGAGAUGGUGGAUGAGGAGCUCAAGGAGUUCCUUGAGGAGCUCGCUUAAGUAUUGACGAGGGCGAUCUUGUCUGUUUAUCUGCUGCCAGCGUCGUAGCGAACAGCUGUUUCCGUAUCAUUUAUUUGUUUCUGUUUUCUGGGUUGCAAUGGUUCAUGGGAUGGGGGAUGGUUUUCUGGUAUAGGGUAUGGGCAAGCAUUUUGCGGCCGUCGGGAGUUUAUCAUGUACUGUACACGACACAUAGGACCGCAUUGAUAAGUCGGGAUGAUUCGCAUUUGAGGAGUAGUAAUCAUGCUCACCCGUUAUGAGAUUGCAAUUCUUGAGCUUUUAUUCAGAUAAUUAUGGUGUUUCGUCUCAUCUGCAUCUGCCCCUUCUUGCUGACACUUUCCUUCCUAUUUCUUGUCUCUGGUCCCGCCUUCCGUUGGAGAGAUGUGGG